CUCGCCGGUUUAAAACGAAGACCGCGGAGCAGAGCGGAGCCAACGUUAACUACGGAUGUGAACGGGUUUUAAUGCAGUUAUUAACACGAUUCCAAGUGAAUCAAAUACCCCGAAGAUGAUGAUGUCUUGUUUCGCCGAGAUGCCGGAGAGGGUUGGACCAGUGGACGUCGAGGACAUCAGGAAGAAUCUACUGGGGGAACUAUCGGCCCUGCCAGCAGCUCAGGAGGGCGUCCAGUCCCGGUCUGAGAACCUGCAGGUCUACCUGAGGGUUCGGCCGUUCACUGCAGCGGAGAGCGACAACGGGGAGCCCCAGGACUGCGUGACCAUCGAGGGCCCGGACACCGUGGUGCUCAAGGCUCCCAGGAGCUGUCCGUCAAACGGGCAGAGUGACCGGUCCCUCCCACAGACGGGCCAGAGGUUCUCCUUCACCCAGGUGUUCGGUCCGGAGUCCAGCCAGAGGAACGUGUUCGAGAGUUCAGUCCGCAGCUCGGUCCAAGACGUUCUUCACGGGGGGAACUGCCUGGUGUUCACAUACGGCGUCACCAACGCCGGGAAGACCUUCACCUUUCUGGGACCGGACCACGACUCGGGGCUGCUGCCGCGGUCCCUGUCGCUGGUGUUCAACAGCAUCGAGGGCCGGCUGUACAGCCGCAGCGACCUGAAGCCUCAGCGCUGCCGAGACUUCAUCAGGCUGACUCCGGAGCAGCAGGUGGCCGAGAGCAACGGCAGGAAGAACCUGCUGAAGCUGCUCAAAGAGAAGGACAAGAGUGUGACGUUCGGGCGGUCGGCGUUCCUCGAAGGUUCCUCUCUCAGCAGCAGCAGCUGCAGCGUCUCCGACGCCGACAGCGUCUGUCUGGACGUGUCGCCCAACGUCCGCUUCUCCGUCUGGGUCUCGUUCUGCGAGAUCUACAACGAGAACAUCCACGACCUGCUGGAGCCGGUUCCCAGCGGACACCAGAAGAGGACGGUGCUGCGUCUGUCCCAGGACAUCAAGGGAAACUCCUUCAUCAAAGGUCUGCGCUGGGUCCAGGUGGACAGCUUUGAGGAGGCAUACAGAGUGAUGAAGAUCGGGAAGAAGAACCAGAGUUUCUCCAGCACCAGACUGAACCAGCUGUCCAGCAGGAGCCACAGCAUCUUCUCGGUGCGGAUCCUCCGCGUGGACGACGUGGGCGUUCCCAGGGUCCUCGGCAUCAGCGAGCUGGCCCUGUGUGACCUGGCCGGGUCGGAACGCUGCUCCCGGACCCACAACACCGGCGAGAGGCUGAAGGAGACGGGGAACAUCAACAGCUCGCUGCUGACGCUGGGGAAGUGCAUCAGCGCCAUGCGGCUCAACCAGAACGCCAAGUUCCAGCACCACGUCCCCUUCAGGGAGUCCAAGCUCACCCACUUCCUGCAGUUCUUCUUCUGUGGUUCCGGCCGCGUGUCCAUGGUGGUCAACAUCAACCAGAACUCGUCCUGCAUCGACGAGACGCUCAACGUGCUCAAGUUCUCCGCCCUCGCUCAGAAGGUGGUGGUUCUGACAUCACGGCCGUCCGUCCCGGAGGACGACGCCCACCAGCCCACGGACCUGUCAAUCAUCCUGGACGAGCCCGACGAGCGCUGGAACAGGUCGGGGCGGGGCAGGAGGAAGAGCUCCAUGGUUGCCUGGGAGACGAGCCUGGAGGACGUGCUGGAGGACGAAGACGACGAGGAAGACGAGGAAGACGAGGAAGAGGAGGAGGAGGAAGAGGAGGAGGAGGAGGAGGAAGAGGAGGAGGAGGAGGAGGAGGAGAGUGCGGCGCUGCGCCUGGUCCUGGAGGCCCAGAUCAGAGAAGAGGUCAGCGCCGAGUUCAUGAAGCUCUUCAACAACAUGGAGAAGGACUACAGCGAGCGUCUGGAGAAGGAGAGGGAGAUCCUGGAGGAGCGAGCUGACCGGAGGGUGGAGAUCCUGAAGAACCUGGUCAGCAGGACCCUGCCGGCCGGCACCAGCAAGGACGACACGCUGGAGGGAAUCAUCAUCUCCAUGAGCCAAGACCUGCAGAAGAUCAGAGAGGACGCACAGAACGUCCAGGGCUGCCUGUCUGAGGCCGCAGAGCUGGAGGCCCUGCGGCUGGAGAAGCAGCAGUCACAUGACCAGCUGCAGGAGGCCCUGACGGCUCUGCAGCAGCAGCAGCAGCAGCUCUCGGAGAAGGACGGCGUCAUCGCCGCGCUGCAGGAAGCCGCCAAAGACGCCAACGAGGAGAAGGAGCAGAGCAGGAAACGGCAGCGCGGCGAGGCGGAGACGGACGGGGGAGGACCGGCCAGGAAGAGAGUGUUGCUGGAGGAGGAGAUCUGGAGGCUGCAGGAGGAGAACGAGCAGAAGGAGGAGAUGAUAAACCAGCUGAGACGGGGGGCGGAGCGGAGCGCCGGCCUGGGGGAGGAGCUGAGGAGAAGAGGGGAGGAGGUUGAGGAGGUGAAGGAAGAGCUGAAGAGGCGAGGAGAGGAGGUGGAGGAGCUGAAGGAGGAGCUGAACAAUCGAGAGGAGGAGCUGAGGAGACGAGGGGAGGAGGUGCAGGAGCUGAAGGACAAGCUGAACAAACAAGGGGAGGAACUAAGGACCUGUGAGGAGGAGCUGACGAGACGAAGGGAGGAGGUGGAGGAGCUGAAGGAGGAGCUGACGAGACGAGGGGAGGAGGUGCAGGAGCUGAAGGAGGAGCUGACGAGACGAGGGGAGGAGGUGCAGGAGCUGAAGGAGGAGCGGCAGCUGAUGGAGCAGAAGCUGACAGGUCUGGACCCGUGUCCCCGCUGCGAGGCGGCGCUGUCGUCUCUGGAGACGGAGCAGAGGGAAGCAGCUCGGCUGCAGAAGGAGAACAAGGCUCUGGUGAACGGAAUCUUCCAGCUGCAGACGGAGGUCACCUCCCUGCAGGCGUCUCUCCGUCAGCAGACGGACGGGUCCGACAGCCUAUCAGAGCAGCUCGGUGCGGCCAAGUCCCGCCUCCAGGAGCUGCAGCGCCAAUCAGAGGAGAAGAGCAGCUCCAUCGCCAACCUCUCACAGGAAGUGGAGCAGCUGCGGCAGGAAGUCAAGGAGGAGGAGGAGGAGGGGCGGAGCCUCAGCGCGUUCCACGCCGCCAUGGAGGAGCUGAGGAAGGAGAGCCAGGCGGCGCUGCAGAGCUCUGCCCACAAGUCCGAGCAGCUGGAGCAGCUGCAGGAGACGCUGGCCCUCAGGGAGGCCCGCUGUACGGAGCUGUGCCGGGAACUGGCCAAUCAGAAGGAAGAAUUCAGCCAGCAGCUGCAGAGCCUGAGGGCGGAGCUUCAGGCAGGCGGCGGAGCUCCACGGGGGCUGGAGGAGGAGGAAAAAGAGGAGAAGGAGAACCGGGGCGGGAGGAAGGUGCCUCUGGUGGAGGAGCUGAAGGAGGAGAUCCAGAGGCUGCAGGACCGGAGGGGGGGGCGGCUGCAGGGCCGAGACCCAGACGGUUCCACCGGACCAGAACCGGCCAGCCGCCCCCCUCCUGCUGGUCUGAGGUCCGACCCGGCAUGGAGGAAGAGGAAGAACUGCGAGGUGGAGACCCUGGUCCUCAGUGAGAACAAGAGGAGCAGAGCGAGAGGAAACGCCCGCCUGGACCGGCCGGAGAGGAGGGGCCGAGCUCUGCAGGAGGUCGGCGAGCAGAUUCGCUGCUCACCUGCCGCCCUGAGCAGAACAGACGAAGCCGCCGGUGGUGUAAAGGAGGCGGUCUCCACGACAACCAAACCCCGUCGAGGACGCAAGAAGCUGCUGAAGCUGGGCACGUUGUUGCCGAUGGGCGACUCCCCCGUCGCGGUGCUGGCCGACGCCGACAAGGAGAGCAGUCACCUGAUCCUCAAGAGGAGGCUACGCACUAAAACCUACAGGAAGUGACAUCACUGCGGCGUCACCGGCAACCCCUUGGGACUCAAAACCCCUGUACAGUUUUGUGUUAUGGUCAAGUUGUUUUUUAACUUGUUUAAGGAAUCAAU